GUGAGCUUUCUUGGAAGAAUAAUAUCUGAGGUCAGUACACUCAAAACAAUAUAAUUGAAUUUGGACAUAAUAAGGAAAGUUCACAGCUCAGAAAAGAUCAGUGAGGAAAUGGUGACCUAGGUAGGUGAUUUGUCUGAAUCUGUAAUGCUUUUAGGAAGCAAUAGCCGGGGCUGAAGGCUUAUUCUGGACAGUUGCUGUGAGGAAGGUGGUUGGAGAAAGUACAUCUGCCUUCCUUCCAGGUGUACGAAGUCGUCGAGCAUGAUAGUCUUCAUUUUCCUAGCUAUGGGGCUGUGCUCAGAAAAUAAAUCCACUUCCCAAACCAUUGACUGCACAUAUUUGAGAGACCAAUGCCUAAGUGAUGUGAAUGGAUGUAAACAUGCCUGGAGAAUUAUGGAAGAUGCCUGCAGUGUUUCAGGUGACCCCUGCAGGAUGAAGAAUUCAUCAAGCUGUAAUCUGGGCAUCCAAUCCUUAGUGGAAACCAGUUUCCAAUUUAAAGAUUGUCUCUGUACUGAUGACUUUUAUUGCACUGUUAACAAAUUGCUUGGGAAAAAAUGCAUCAAUGAAUCAGAAGAAUCAGCACUAUCCUCAGAUUUGGCAUCACAAUUAAAUAUCACAAAAUGGUUCCAUCAGAAAGAUACACCGCUAAUGGUUGAAAAAAUGAGUGACUGUGUCAUAGCAGCAAAAAUCUGCCAGGAAUCUGAACAUUGCACUUUUUUGUAUGAGAAUUUUAAGAAAAUCUGUGGGAGGGGAUCAGAACAAUGUAAGACCCUUGAUGGAAGCCACCUGUGCGCAGCAUUAACAGAAAGCCUGAAAGAAACAAUCUUAUGGACUUGUCAGUGUAAUGACCUUUCAGAAGUGGAGUGCAUUGCAAUUUGGAAGAGUUUGUUUGAAGACAAUUGUAUGCAGGAUGCUCAAAUGAAUCACGUUCCAGCCUUCAAUGAAGAUUAUGAAAAUGGAUUCAGCCAGGGCGUUGUUUCCGAAAUGAAAGGGAUCCGGUCCUGUUUGGAAGUGGCAGAGAUGUGUGUAGGGGAUGCGGUCUGUAAUGCACAGUUGGCCCUGUACCUUAAAGCUUGCUCAGCAAAUGGAAAUCUGUGUGAUGUGAAACACUGCCAAGCAGCCAUACGUUUCUUCUAUCAAAAUAUGCCUUUUAAUAUUGCCCAGAUGUUGGCUUUCUGUGACUGUGCUCCAUCUGAUAUACCUUGUCAGCAGUCCAAAGAAGCUCUUCACAGCAAGCCAUGUGCAGUGAACAUAGUUCCACCCCCUACUUGCCUCAAUGUAAUUCGCAGCUGCCGAAAUGAUGAAUUAUGCAGGAGGCGCUACAAGGCAUUUCAGUCAAAAUGCUGGCAGCCUGUGCCUAGAAAGUGCCACGAAGAUGAGACUUGCAUUAGCACCUUGGGCAAGCAGGACCUCACUUGCUCAGGAAGUGAUGACUGCAAGGCAGCGUACAUGGGCACCUUUGGGACGGUGCUUCAAGUGCAGUGCACCUGUAGGACCAUUCCACAGAGUGAAGAAUCUUUGUGCAAGAUUUUCCAGCAGAUGCUUCACAGAAGAUCAUGUUUCAAUUAUUCAGCUCUGUCUAAUGUCAAAGGCAUUGCGUUGCAAAAGAGAAAACAAACAAAGGAAAUAACGCUAAAUGGAUUUCAUUCCCCCUCCAAGGGAGAAGUGAUUUAUGCCGUCAUGUGCAUGACAGUCACCUGUGGAAUCCUUCUCGUGGUUUUGUGCAAGCUGAGAACCUUCAGAAUAUCAACUCAAACCAGAGAUCCAUCACCAAGCCAAAUCCUCGAAGGACUCAUGGUUCAUUAAGAAUCUGGGACCAUUAACAAUCACUUCCUUUCAAGCAAAUCUUUCUAGCCAGCCAACAGAAUAUCCUGUUCAUCAUCAAUAAAGAAAAUGUUGAGAAGGAUUUAAAAACAUUUUAUCAUUAAGAAUAAUAAUGUAAGGUAUAAUAAUAUGACAGGUGUUCAAUUUUUUUUUUUUUUUUUAGAAAUUAUUAACUAUAAAUAAACAGUGGUAUCUUUUAUGAGGUCAAUACAGAAUUAUAAAAUUGCCCUUGAAGGCAAAAAGUGUCAGCUUAAAUUACAGUCUACGUGAUUUAUUGUGUGAUAAAUUUGAAUCUACAAAAUGGUAAUUAGCUAUGUCAUAUAUGACAUGGUAAUUAGCUGUCAAAAUAUGACAUGGCUAGCAGGCUUUUUUUCCUGAUCAAUUUAAAAAAUUCCCAUUAACUUGCCUAAAAAAUGCGAAUAAAAUAUCUAG